GGUUCUGUUGUCUAUUUUGUUUCUCCUUCUAGUCUCAGCUCACAGAGAUCCGAUGCAUUUUCAUCUGGGUAUCUUUUGUUUCUGCUUCUUUUUCCUUCUCUGUUUAUCCUCUUUCGUUUUUGCCGAAGACCCAUUUAUAUUCUACGAUUGGACAGUCUCAUACAUCACUGCUUCUCCCCUUGGUGUCAAGCAAGAGGUAAUUGGAAUUAAUGGAUAUUUUCCUGGACCAAUUCUCAAUGCAACAACUAACUGGAACGUUGUUGUGAAUGUCAAGAAUCAGUUAGAUGAGCCAUUACUUCUCACUUGGAAUGGCAUACAACAAAGGAAAAACUCUUGGCAGGAUGGUGUGUCAGGGACUAAUUGUCCUAUUCCUGUUGGCUGGAAUUGGACAUAUCAAUUUCAGGCUAAAGAUCAGAUAGGGAGUUUCUUUUAUUUCCCUUCCCUAAAUUUUCAGAGAGCUGCUGGUGGUUAUGGAGGAAUCAUCAUUAACAACAGGGCAGUCAUCGCAGUGCCCUUCGGGACACCAGAUGGUGAUAUUACAAUCUUUAUCAGUGAUUGGUAUACCAAGAGUCAUAAGGAAUUGAGGAAGAAUGUUGGAGAUGGUAUUGACCUUGGAGUGCCUGAUGGUGUCCUCAUUAAUGGAUUUGGUCCCUAUCGCUACAAUGAGUCACUUGUUCCUGAUGGUAUUUCUUUCCAGAUCAUAAACGUUGAACCAGGAAAAACAUACCGAUUCCGUAUACACAAUGUUGGCAUCUCAACCAGCUUGAAUUUCAGAAUCCAAAAUCACAAUCUACUUCUUGUGGAGACAGAAGGAUCCUAUACAGUUCAACAGAACUACUCAAACAUGGAUAUUCAUGUGGGUCAGUCAUAUUCAUUCUUAGUCACAAUGGAUCAAAAUGCUAGCAGCGAUUAUUACAUUGUUGCGAGUCCUCGGUUUUUUAGCUCAUCUGCUUCCUGGGAUAGAGUCACUGGUGUUGCCAUCUUGCAUUACUCCAAUUCUCAGGGUCCUGCUUCAGGUCCUCUUCCAGACCCACCAAAUGAGUAUGACACAUAUUUUUCUAUGAACCAAGCGAGGUCCAUCAGAAUGAAUGUCUCUGCUGGUGCUGCUCGUCCUAACCCCCAGGGAUCUUUUAAAUAUGGUCAGAUUACUGUCACUGAUGUAUAUGUGCUGCUUAACAGACCAGCUGAACUCAUAGAUGGGAAGUGGCGCGCUACCCUGAAUGGUAUUUCAUAUUUUGCACCUGAAACUCCCCUAAGGCUUGCCCAACAAUAUAAUGUUCCUGGAGUUUACAAGCUUGACUUCCCAAAUAGAAUGAUGAACAGACCUGCAAAGGUUGACACAUCGGUAAUUAAUGGUACUUACAAAGGUUUUAUGGAAAUAAUACUCCAAAACAAUGAUACUACUGUUCAAAGUUACCACAUGGACGGAUAUGCAUUUUUUGUUGUGGGUAUGGAUUAUGGAGUGUGGACAGAGAACAGCAGAAAUGUUUAUAACAAAUGGGAUGGAGUUGCUCGCUGCACUACACAGGUGUUCCCUGAAGCAUGGACUGCCAUUCUAGUGUCUCUUGACAAUGUGGGCAUAUGGAACCUGCGUGCACAGAACCUGGACUCUUGGUAUUUAGGACAGGAAGCUUAUAUGAGUGUAGUGAACCCAAAGUUGACUGACAAGACUGAAUUUUCUUUGCCUGACAACACUAUCUACUGUGGAUUACUUUCCUACUUACAAAAAGAUCAAGCAGAUAGAAUAAACUUUUCUGGGACACCAUCAAUUCCUGAUGCGAGUAGAAACAUGAUCUUGAUUUCAUUUAUCUUGGCUUGGUUUUGCAUUUUCUUCAGAUAACCAUUUUGGC